AUGAGCAUAGUUUAUCAUGAUAUAAAAAAAUUAAAAGCUAUUGGUUUUCAUCAUUUGAUUCUAUUUUUCAUUACUCUAUUGUUUCUUUUUUUUACUUUUGGACUACCUCAAUUUCAACCUCAGUUUAUCACAUCGAUAUAUAAAUAUUUUAACAGCAGAUUAAAUUCUACUAUUCAAACAAAUAAAACAUCUCAAUUAGCUAAAAUUGUUGUUGUAUCACAUUUUAAUGAAGAUUUAGAUUGGCUUAAUUUAUUGCUUGGUGAUCAAAUUUCAUAUAUUAUUUAUACACGAUCGAAUAAUCCAUUACCACAUCCACAUAAGAUUAUAAUAAAUAAAGGCAGAGAAGCUGUAGCCUAUCUUCAAUAUAUUGUUGAUCAUUAUUCAAAUUUACCUUCAUCAAUAGCUUUUGUUCAUGGACAUCGAACAUCUUGGCAUCAAAAAGAUCCAUCAGAUAUUGUGAUUGCAUUACGAGCAUUACAAUGGAAUAAAUAUAAUUAUAUGCCACUAACUAGUGCAAAGACUCAUUGUACAUUUAAACAGAAUUCAAUCGAUCCUCAAAUAAAAAUUAAUUAUGAAUUAUGGCAAGCUGUUUUACAAAAAGAACUUGGUCCUCCACCAGAAAAUGGAGUACAAACACAUUGCUGUGCAACAUUUGUUGUUAAAAGACAAGCUAUUCUUGCUCAUCCAAAAAUAUUUUAUUCAAAUAUUAUUGAUUAUAUUCUGGCUAGUCCAGAAUCAGAUCAAUUGACAGGUAGAACACUUGAAUAUACUUGGCAUAUGAUCUUUGGUGAACAAGCACAUAUUAACUAUAGUCCAUGUGAUAUAUUUGUAUGUGAUUCAAGAGGACUUAUUUCUGUUCCAUCGACUGAACAAAAAAAACCUCAAUAA